AUGGAGCCUAGAGCGCGCGCCGGCAAAAAUGUCGGCAAGAUGAACUUUACUUACAACGAGUUAGCCCAACUCCUCUAUUCCCACGGUGACGUAUCGCGUCCUCUACCGGAGACCGUCCGCGUGCUCGACGAAAUAGUCACGGAGUUCAUCCAGGGCGUGGCCUUUGAAGCGACGCGCGCGGCCCAGCACGCGGGUCGACAAAAAGUCAAGUUCGAGGACUUCGAGUUUGCGAUGCGGCGCAACCCGUACUAUAUGGGCAAGAUCCAGGAGGUAUUUGAGAAGAAGCGGGAGAUUGAGGCGGCGCGGAAAUUGUUGGACGAGAAGGAUUUAAUUAAGGAGGCUGAAAAGGAGGAGAAGGAACGGGGGAAACGGGGGAGAAAGGCGAAGAGCGCCGUGGGAGGAGCCGGGGGGGCGGGAGGGACGGCGGAGGAGGGGGAAGAGGUGUUGGGGGAACAAGAUGAUGAUGUGCAGGCGGAGGAGGAUGUGGGGAGUACGGUUAGGAAGAGAUAG